UGCUCUUCCUUGUUUUGUCCUUUUUUUUAUUAUUUUAUGAUUUGUUACAUCAGUUCAGCAGGUUUUGCUUCUUCUUUAUCAGUUUCAUCCACAAUUUCAUGUCAACAUAAGAACAAUGUUAACCUGCUGUUUUGUUUUUUCUACCACCACCUGUGUGCUUCACAAAAGUGUUUUACAUCAGACAUCUUGGAUCAUACAUAGUGACAAAUGCGAUAACAAAAUGUUAUCAACAUGAGCGAUAUUUCCUUGAAGUGGUGAUGUGGAUUCACGUGUGUGUCUGGCUUCCUUUGACCGUACUGAUCAUCUACUAUGUGUGUUGUGUGAUGCAAAGGAGUCAGGUCCCUGUCAUCUAUUACACAAACCUCCUCCUCUCCAAUCUAAUCCGGAUCUGCAUAAUGAUCGUUUGGAUCAUAAGAGUGGAAAGCAGCAUGAGUGGUAUUAUUUACAACUUGUGUGAGAUGGUCGGUCUUUACUUCAAGGUGUGCAUUGCUCUGGAAAGGUGUUUUUUCAUCACACUCCCACUGUUGGACUGCCUCAGACAACCUAAGAGUUCUGUGCUGCUCUGUGUCCUUGUCUGGGCUUUUUGUAUUGUCAGUUUCCCUCUUGCCAUAGUUUUACAUCAGUUCAUACAUUUACUUAUUUAUACUGCCCUCCCUGGCCCCCUGUUCAUCUUCUGCUUAGCUCGGACCUUCAGAGCCCUGCCUGCUGCCACCUCAGUGCCCACUCAGGAGAAACGUAGAAGUCUAGGAAUUUUAAUUCUGUUGUUCUUUAAGUACUUUGUACUGAUGAUUCCCAUAUCCAGCUUUCCUAAUGAACGUAUUCUUUUUGAAAUCAGUUGGAUCUUCUUUUUGCUCUGUCCUUUUGUGGACUUAGUUUUGUGUCUUUUCAUGCAGCAGGGGCGCAUUGACAGGCUGCUGGCAUGUCUGUGCUCAUCGGUGUGACUGACGGCAGCAGUGAGAGGUGUGGUGAUGGAAACUGAGUCAGGAGAGCAAAAGAGGGGGAAGAGUUGAUAUCAGAGUGUCAGAGUUUUUUGAUAAAUCAAGCAAACAACAGCUGAUAUCUGCAUCUCAGCCACGCUUUUUGUGUAAAUAAUUUCAAAAUUACUUUAUAAUCACUUUUAAACACUCAUUUUAUUCCAGUACUAAACACAUUUUUCUUUUCUUUUUCAAUUGUUUUUUCAUCGAGAUCUUAAAAGUGUUUUGGUUUCCCUUCCUUGUAAUUAUGAUCACCAGUUAAUAUUCAUUUGUUUCUACAUGCAAAUAAUGUAUCCAAAUGUUUGUAACUUUUUAAAUUUGAAUUUGAAUUUUUAUUUAUGCCAUCUCUCAUUCAUUUUUGUAUGAAACUCUUUAAGGUUAUUUGCAUUUCCUCUGAUCUACCCACUGAUGCUACAGCAGCACGUGUUAUUAAAACUUUGCAUCUCUUUAUGCACCCAUGAUCCUUAGUUUCGGCUCUCUAAUAAAAAAAAAAGUCCCUGAUCCUGAUCCCUGGUCUCAAUCCAGGUGUCUUCUUGCUUUCCCUGAUGUGAAGAAAUCUGAACCUUGCAGGUCAAAUUAUAUCAGUCAGGCAGCUCUCCUUUCGAUUGUGGUACUUGACCACCUGAGAUGGGUUUAGAAGCCUGGACUAUCUCUGACUUACAUGA